GCAGUCUACCGGAGCAGAACCCGUGUUUCACCGGCAGACACGGCUGUGACAUCAACGCCGUGUGCCGGUCAGGCGAAGGCCUCCAGUUCACCUGCGAGUGCACCAACGGCUUCUCUGGAGACGGACGUUACUGCCAAGAUAUCGACGAGUGCAGAGAGACUUAUAACGUCUGUGGGCCCAACGCCGUCUGCAGCAAUCAGCCUGGAACCUUCCGCUGUGAGUGCUUGACCGGCUUCGUGUUUGCAAGUGAUGGAAGGACCUGCAUCGAGCAGAGCGGUCCCGUGGAUCACUGCCGCAGAGGAAGCCAUGACUGUGACGAUCCCAGAAGAGCUCAGUGCAGCUACACCGGAGGCUCCGCCUACAUCUGCUCCUGCCUGCCCGGGUUUGUGGGUGACGGCCGCGUGUGUCAGGAUGUGGACGAGUGUUCCCACGAUCGAUGCCACAGAGACUCGUCCUGCACCAACACAGAGGGAUCCUUCACCUGCCAGUGCCGCCCCGGGUUCCAGGGUGAUGGGUUCCAGUGCAGCCCGGCCUCCUCAGAGAGAGAGAAGACUCAGUGUGAGCGUCACAGAGAGAGCGCCCAGACCUCCACCGGGAUCCUCUCCUACUUCCGCCCUCGGCCGUCGGUGGGUCAGUACGUCCCUCAGUGCGACCAACACGGAGCCUACGAGGCCACGCAGUGUCACACCAGCAUCCAGCAGUGCUGGUGUGUGGACGCCAACGGGCAGGAGAUCCCCAACACCAGAACCGGACCCGGCAGCACCGCUCUCUGUAUCAACCAGGCCGUGACUCCUGCUCCGGUUGGACCGACUCCCCGGCCCGACGUUCGCCCCGUCGCUCCGGGAACCCACAUCCUGUUUGCUCAGAGCGGGAGGAUCGAACUCGUUCCUCUGGACGGGUACGGCUUUAAGAAGGAGGAGGCCAAACCUCUGCUGCACAUCCCCGACCGCGUGGUCAUCGCCGUGGCGUACGACUGCGUGGAGAAGAUGGUUUACUGGACCGACAUCACGGCGCCGGCUAUCAGCAGGGCCCGGCUGAGCGGGGGAGACAUCAGCCCGGUCAUCACUACAGACCUCCAGAGUCCUGAAGGCAUCGCCAUCGACCACGUGUCUCGUCUCCUCUUCUGGACCGACUCCAUGCGAGACACCGUGGAGGUUUCCAAACUGGACGGGAGCCAGCGACGAGUCCUGUUCGACAAAGACCUGAUCAACCCUCGACCCAUCGUCACCAACCCGGCAUACGGCCGGAUCUUCUGGGCGGACUGGAACAGAGAUGGGCCGAAGAUCGAGAUGGCCAACAUGGACGGGACGGACAGGACGGUCCUGGUGAAAGACGACCUGGGGCUUCCAAACGGUCUGACCUUUGACUCUGACGACCAGCAGCUGUGCUGGGCUGACGCAGGAACUCGUAAAGUGGAGUGUAUGGAUCCUCACCGUCGGCUGAGGAGGCAGAUCGUUGAAGGGAUCCAGUAUCCGUUCGCUCUGGUCUCUUUUGGAAGAAACCUUUACUACACUGACUGGAGGAGGGAGGCGGUGAUCGCUGUGGACCGUCACGCAGAUAAAGAGACAGAAGAGUUCCUGCCUCAGAAACGCUCCCGGCUGUACGGCAUCACGACCACGCCCACCCAGUGUCCACAAGCCUAUAACUACUGCUCCAACAAUGGCGGCUGCUCUCACCUGUGUCUGCCGCGGCUCGGCGGCUUCACCUGCCGCUGCCCGGACGGCUCAGCCGGCGGCUGCGAGGAGAGGAACCUGUGAGGUCUGCAGAGCGACGAGGACGCUGCUGUUUCCAGGAGAGGACAAAAAAAACAAAAACACACUUAAACUGAAUUUAUGUGUUUUCUACUUUUCUUACUUGAACUGAACAUUUCUCUGACAUCAUUGUUUUUUUAGAGUUUUAUGAGUUUUUGGCCCUUGAAGCUGUUCAGACCUCACUGUGUUUAUGGUUCCAUACUUCAGGUCGAACACGGAGAUCUUUAACUUCCUGUUCCUGUCUUUAACUUCCUGUUCCUGUCUUUAACUUCCUGUUCCUGUCUUUAACUUCCUGUUCCUGUCUUUAACUUCCUUUUCCUGUCUUUAACUUCCUGUUCCUAUCUUUAACUUCCUGUUCCUGUCUUUAACUUCCUGUUCCUGUCUUUAACUUCCUGUUCCUAUCUUUAACUUCCUGUUCCUGUCUUUAACUUCCUGUUCCUGUCUUUAACUUCCUGUUCCUGUCUUUAACUUCCUUUUCCUGUCUUUAACUUCCUGUUCCUAUCUUUAACUUCCUGUUCCUGUCUUUAACUUCCUGUUCCUGUCUUUAACUUCCUGUUCCUAUCUUUAACUUCCUGUUCCUAUCUUUAACUUCCUGUUCCUGUCUUUAACUUCCUGUUCCUAUCUUUAACUUCCUGUUCCUGUCUUUAACUUCCUGUUCCUGUCUUUAACUUCCUGUUCCUGUCUUUAACUUCCUGUUUCUGUCUUUAACUUCCUGUUCCUGUCUUUAACUUCCUGUUCCUAUCUUUAACUUCCUGUUCCUAUCUUUAACUUCCUGUUCCUAUCUUUAACUUCCUGUUCCUGUCUUUAACUUCCUGUUCCUAUCUUUAACUUCCUGUUCCUGUCUUUAACUUCCUGUUCCUGUCUUUAACUUCCUGUUCCUGUCUUUAACUUCCUGUUCCUGUCUUUAACUUCCUUUUCCUGUCUUUAACUUCCUGUUCCUGUCUUUAACUUCCUGUUCCUGUCUUUAACUUCCUGUUCCUGUCUUUAACUUCCUGUUCCUGUCUUUAACUUCCUGUUCCUAUCUUUAACUUCCUGUUCCUGUCUUUAACUUCCUGUUCCUGUCUUUAACUUCCUGUUCCUAUCUUUAACUUCCUGUUCCUAUCUUUAACUUCCUGUUCCUGUCUUUAACUUCCUGUUCCUAUCUUUAACUUCCUGUUCCUGUCUUUAACUUCCUGUUCCUGUCUUUAACUUCCUGUUCCUGUCUUUAACUUCCUGUUCCUGUCUUUAACUUCCUGUUCCUGUCUUUAACUUCCUGUUCCUAUCUUUAACUUCCUGUUCCUGUCUUUAACUUCCUGUUCCUGUCUUUAACUUCCUGUUCCUGUCUUUAACUUCCUUUUCCUGUCUUUAACUUCCUGUUCCUAUCUUUAACUUCCUGUUCCUGUCUUUAACUUCCUGUUCCUGUCUUUAACUUCCUGUUCCUGUCUUUAACUUCCUGUUCCUGUCUUUAACUUCCUGUUCCUAUCUUUAACUUCCUGUUCCUGUCUUUAACUUCCUGUUCCUGGCUUUAACUUCCUGUUCCUGUCUUUAACUUCCUGUUCCUGUCUUUAACUUCCUGUUCCUGUCUUUAACUUCCUGUUCCUGUCUUUAACUUCCUGUUCCUGUCUUUAACUUCCUGUUCCUGUCUUUAACUUCCUGUUCCUGUUGGAUUCAGAGAGAGUUUGUUGUGAAGUGUUAUAAAUGAAAAGUGACCCUCACACAGGGAUACACGUUAACGACAGCAGAUUCUGAUUCUCUGAAAAGGUGCCAAACAAACUUUCUGUGUUUUUUUUUUAAAGUGAAACUGUUUUUGAUCUUUAUUCGUCUGUUCUUAAAAAUUACUGCGAAAAACAAUCCAUGAGUCCUCGGUCCAAACCAAACACACGAGAGGAAGGUUCCUUAGAGAACCCUGUUCAUGCCUUACAGGAGGAUUCAGGUAAAAUACAAUCCUACUUAAGGUCUUUAAUGGACCGCCUGAAAAUUCAACAACUGCUCACUUUGUUUAAAGUCUGUUAAACCUCCCUGAUAAAUUCAACACUCUGAAGUUAAUCAGGAUUAUGGGAAAGGGAAAGUGCCGUUGAGAGUUUCAAUUUUAACUUUAAUUCUCAGAAUUCUGAAUUCUGGAAAAAAAUUAAAAUAAAGGUCAGAAUCUUUGCCUUUGAAAAGUGUCACAUGGUUUUUGGGGGGAAAUUUUCUUAAUUGGAUUUCUUUCUCAGAGAAUUCUUAGAAUUCUGAGACAAAAUUCAGAUCUUAAUUUUUCAGGUUGUGCUGAUCCUCUCCCAUACAAUAUUUCUUUUGUUACCAAAUUUAAAAAGGUGGUAAGAAUUAACAGGAAAAGUAACAUUGAAUUUUUUGAGACUGGCGAUUUUAACUUUGAUCCUCAGAAUUCUGAAUUAUGGGGGAAAAAGUAAAGGUCAGAAUUUGUCCUUUGAAAAGUGGCACAGGAUUUUUUGGGGAAAUUUUCUUAUUCAGUUCUAAGAAUUCUCAGAAUUUUACUUUGAUCUCAGAAUUCCGAGAAUUACUCCGAGCAUUGUUAGAAAUCUUAGAAUUCUGAGACAAAAUUCACACCUCAAUGUUUUGCCUCUCAGUUGCUUCUGUACGAUAUAUUUUUGUCACCAAAUUUAAAAAGGUGGUAAGAAUUAACAGGAAAAGGAAAAGUAACUUUGAAUUUUAACUUUAAUCCUCAGAAUUCUGAAUUAUGGGGGGAAAAAAAAAUAAAGGUCAGAAUUUUUGCCUUUCAAAAGUGUCACAGGAUUUUUUGGGGGAAAUUUUCUUAAUUGGAUUUCUUUUAGAAUUCUGUAAUUGAUUGCAGAAUUCUGAGACAAAAUUCAUACCUUAAUUUUUCAGGUUGUGCUAAUCCUCUCCCAUACAAUAUUAUUUUUGUUACCAAAUUUAAAAAGGUGGUAAGAAUUAACAGGAAAAGUAACAUUGAAUUUUUUGAGACUGUCGAUUUUAACUUUGAUCCUCAGAAUUCUGAAUUAUGGGCGAAAAAAAAAAAUAAAGGUCAGAAUUUGUCCUUCGAAAAGUGGCACCGGAUUUUUUGAGGAUAUUUCUUAAUUGGAUUUCUUUCUCAGAAUUUUACUUUGAUUCUUAGAAUUCUUCUCUAACAGUUCUUCGUAUUUUAUUCAGACUCUUUUUAACUGACGGCAAAUAAAACAGGAAACACACACGAUCUGACCGAGGGCAAAAAAAAGUUAAACAGUGAUAAGUUACAUUCGACACGCAGACUUCAGAAAUGCGUACGUUUGUUCUGUUUGGAUCAAAUCAGGCGAUGAAACCGACGCCCCGUUAAGAAAUCGAAUACAUGUGCGACAUUUACAGGAUUUAACGUCAGACCAAAGAGGAACCAGGCGUAAUAAGAAGUAUAAUCAGACUAUAUUUAACUUUUUAAAGAAUAUGUUAUAAAUGAAGUUUUCAUUGUUCUAGCGAUCUUUUAUGAUUACGUUUAAUUUUUGUUCCACCGACUGUAUACUCCGUGUUUUGGUAGUUGUUCCACUAAUAGAACCACUAAGAACCAGGACCUGAUCCUGGUCUCGUGGAAGACUUUUAAAAUAAGAUUGAUCCGGUUGUUUGUUCUAAAACUCACAGUGUAUUUUUUAUAUAUAUAUACGUGUAUAUAAUUACCUUCUAUGCAGACGAUAUUCUGAUAUUUUAAUUUUGCUGAUGUUCACCUGAGAUCUACCUGAUGAUGAUGAUGAUGAUGAUGAAGGUGUGUGCGGUUACAGGUUGUUGGGUUGAAUCACCUUCAUGUUCUUUCUGUGUUCCAACAACGUCAACUUUUCACAUUUUUGGCUCCAAUAAUCUGAAAUUUUGGUUUUUUUUGUUCAUCCAAAAUCAGAAAAAUUGAAUUCUUAAAAACGGCCUUCAAAAUGUGUAAUCCUUAUAUAUGGAUGUCUGUGGCAGCAACUUUUAAAAUAACAUUUAACAUUUUUUUGUAUUAAAACAAAUAAUUUCCCAAAGAACAAAGCAAUCAAUUAACAUUUCAGCAAAAUUAGCUAAAAUCAGAACACAGAAUUAAAAUCGAGACGUUCUGCUGAAAGAAAAACAGCCAUGAAAGGGAAACCUGCAGUUACCCCACACCGCCACAGGGGGUGCCGAAGAGCAGACAGAUCUUUAAAUGUUAUCACAGUGUGAGAGAGGUGACUUAACGACAGGUAGGUCGGCGUGACGUUGGCAGAAUCAGCUCAGGUUUUUUUUUCGGUAACUGAAACCUCAUCAGGGAGGACGCCGAUCAGUCCCGCACGCCGCUUACUGUGAAAGGGGUCAAUCAAGAACUGUUAGAAACCACUACAGGGGCUCUGAUCCAUGAAGUACUGUAUGUCUGUACUGACCACCAACCAAAGACUUUAACUGUACAGCCUCAAUAAAACUUUUUAUAUACAAA